AGGUCAGUGACUUCCGGCGGAAGCAGAAGCCGGUUCCGAGGUUUGGCAGACGGCAGGUUAGGAGUGGGCUCUAGUGGCUUUACUGUCGCUGAUCUGAAAAGGACCACUUCUUGUUCAAGGUAUGAUGGCAUUUGAGCAGAUACCAAAAAAGGAUUGGUACAGCAUUCUGGGAGCAGACCCAUCUGCAAGUGUGUCAGACCUAAAACAAAAGUAUCAAAAACUCAUUUUAACGUAUCAUCCAGAUAAACAGAGUGCAGAUGCGCCAGCAGGAUCAGUGGAGGAAUGUAUACAGAAGUUCAUUGAAAUUGAUCAGGCAUGGAAAAUUCUAGGGGAUGAAGAGGCAAAAAAAGAGUAUGACCUGCAGCGACAUGAAGAUGAUCUAAGAAAUAUGGGACCAGUAGAUGCUCGAAUAUAUCUUGAAGAAAUGUCUUGGAAUGAAGAUGAUCAUUCCUUUUCUCUGAGCUGUCGAUGUGGCGGAAAAUACAGUGUUUCAAAGGAUGAAGCAGAAGAAGUUACGCUGAUUUCUUGUGAUACAUGUUCACUAAUUAUUGAACUCCUUCAUUAUCACUGAGAUUGUUCACUAAGUGGAAUUCUUUAGUGUAUUCAGACACAGGGAGGAUAGGCCACUACACCCUUGUCCAUUCAAGCAAAUGUAUAAAGCUGAUAAUAAUAAAGGAUUUCUUUUUUUUUU